CGUCGUAUCGCUUUUCAUCUGGCUUUUGUCCGACUGCAGUGAUUACUCAACUCCUACUCGGAGACUUUCCUCUUUGGCUCUCUCGUCCUGCAAUAGCAAUUCGUCACAACCAGAGAUCGGCGGUGGAAGUGGUUGAAGUUGAAUAUCUCCGGCGCUAUCCAAUCCAGGCUCCAAGAUUGAAUAUAGGGUGACCUGCUAUCCGUGUUCAAUAGCUAACCAACAAAUCGUAUACCUCCGAUGGCUCCCGCCGUUCCAAGAUCCGGUGACGCUAUUUUCGCCAACGUCGAGCGCGUGAACGCCGAGCUGUUCACUCUGACAUAUGGAGCGAUCGUGCGACAAUUGCUUACAGAUCUGGAGGAGGUUGAGGAAGUCAAUAAGCAGCUCGAUCAAAUGGGUUACAAUAUUGGAAUCCGGCUAAUUGAUGAGUUUCUUGCAAAAUCUAAUGUCACAAGAUGUGUUGAUUUUAGGGAGACAGCUGAAGUCAUAGCAAAGGUUGGCUUCAAAAUGUUCUUAGGGGUCACUGCAUCUGUGACAAACUGGGAUAAUGAAGGAACUUGUUGCAGUCUCAUUUUGGAAGAUAAUCCACUUGUGGAUUUUGUUGAGCUUCCAGAUAAUUGUCAAGGUUUAUAUUACUGCAACAUCUUAAGUGGAGUUGUCAGGGGAGCCCUAGAGAUGGUGUCAAUGAAGACUGAAAUCACAUGGAUUAGGGAUAUGCUUAGAGGAGAUGAUGCAUUUGAGUUACAAGUGAAGCUUCUUAAACAAGUUCCAGAGGAGUAUCCAUACAAAGAUGAUGAGUAGUGUGUUUUUCUUGAAUCUUUAUUUAUGUAUAUACAGUAUGAUUUUUGCAUUCUUGUUUUCGUCUGUGAUAAUAGAACUUGUUUGGUCUUACUCCCCUUAUUAAACUAGAAUGUUUUAUGACAUUAAUCCUGUUUUCUUUUA